UUUAUAGACAAAUUAUUUUUCAUAAUCUACAUCGUCAAGUUACAUUUGUCGCUAUAUCAAAAUACUAAAUUUGUGUUUUUCAUGUCCGUACGAUAUAACAUAACCUUAAUGCCCGAACGAAGACAUACAGUAUAUUCAUAUUAAAUGCCUCGAUCCAAAGUUUCCGAUGUACUUGGUGUAUUUAAGGGAGUAAAAAGUGUCACAAAUGCUCUGAUAAAACAUCAAGAGCAUACAAUCAGCUAUAGGAUCAAACACUCCAGUUUAAAAGAUUUACCUGAGAAGUGUCUGCAAACUGCAGGAGAAAAAUUUAAUAAUAUAGAGCCAAGUAAGGUUCCUGGACAGAUAAUGAGAGACUUGAAAGAAGUAACUGAACGUAUAAGCGUGGUUGAGGAAGGUAUUAAACAAUAUAUUAAGAUAACAGCUAGUCAAACUUUGGAUAUAAAAAAUAAUGGUUAUAUCCCUAAGAAGGAAACAAAGCUGUAUGUCUACGAUACUGCGAAAGAUCCAAAAGAAUUGCCUCGUGACGAUGUCACACACACCGUACCAAAAUACGCGACUGACAAGUCAAAAACUCAAGAGCCUUUAACAGGCAUACAAAAUAACGCAACGAAAAAGUAUACAAGUGUAAAGGAAAAGAUCAAGACCAUUACCAAACUAGAGAUACCUGACAUUGAAUUCUCUGAGAAAGAUAAAGAAAUCUUGAGGAAAUUAGAAUUGGAAUAUGAGAAGAAUACUAAAAACAGUAUUGAAGCAAGUUCUGCUCCGUCCUCUCGACGUAAAGUACAUGAAAAGGAAGCGGUACAUACGCAAACGACGUCUAUAGAAAAGCCAAAAACUAACGUAUUAGUUAGACCAAAGCAAUAUCUAUCACCUACUGCCAGAGAAAGAAAAGUUCCUUCUACAAGAUUGCAAAGAAUGGUAAGUUUCGGUACCUUAGGUAUUAGCCUUGGGCUUGGUACUGCUGCAGAAUAUACACGAAGGACGUUAGGAUUAAAGGAGCAGAGUAUUGGGGAUACGGUUGACAGUAUGUUUCUUACUAAAGCUAAUGCAGAAAGAAUAGUUUCAACAUUGUGCAAAGUGAGAGGUGCAGGUUUAAAGAUCGGUCAAAUAUUAAGCAUCCAAGAUAAUACUAUUAUAAGUCCGGAAUUGCAAAAGGUCUUUGAAAGAGUCAGACAAAGCGCUGAUUUUAUGCCAACGUGGCAAGUAGAGAAAGUGUUAGCUAACGAACUUGGACACACGUGGAGAAAUAAAUUGGCGUAUUUUGAGGAAAAACCAUUCGCCGCAGCAUCCAUUGGACAAGUGCAUCGUGGUACAUUAUUGAAUAAACAAGAUGUCGCGAUAAAGAUUCAGUAUCCCGGUGUGGCAGUGGGUAUUCAGAGCGAUAUUGAAAAUUUAGUAGGCAUAAUGAAGGUAUGGAAUGUGUUUCCAGAAGGAAUGUUUAUAGACAAUGUGGUGGAAGUUGCGAAACGGGAACUGGCAUGGGAAGUGGAUUAUAUAAGGGAAGCAGAGUGUACGAAAAAAUAUAGGGAAUUAAUACGGCCGUAUCCAGAUUAUUAUGUGCCUGCGGUAAUAGAUGAUCUCUCUACAAAGCAAGUAUUUACAACAGAGAUGAUAGAGGGUAUACCCGUUGACAAAUGUAUAGAUAUGGAUGUUAAAAUUAGACAACGUAUAAGUGAACUGGUCAUGCGUUUGACCCUAAAGGAAUUAUUCGAAUUUCGAUAUAUGCAGACUGAUCCAAAUUGGUCCAACUUCUUUUAUAAUCUCGAUACAAAACAGUUAAUUUUAUUGGAUUUCGGAGCAUGCAGGACUUAUGAGAAAACGUUUAUGGAUAAAUAUAUAGAAGUCAUUAAUGCCGCAAGCAAGGGAAAUCGCAACAAGGUCCUAGAGUUAUCUCAAGAAAUGAAGUUUCUUACUGGAUACGAGUCCAAGAUUAUGGAGAAUGCUCAUGUGGAUGCAGUCAUGAUUCUUGGCCAAGUGUUUGACAAUAAUCACGAGUAUUACGAUUUUGGCGGCCAAGAUGUGACCAAACGGAUCCAAUCCUUGGUGCCAACUAUAAUAAAUCAUAGAUUAUGCCCACCACCCGAGGAGAUAUAUAGCUUGCAUAGAAAGUUAUCCGGAAUAUUUUUACUAUGUGCAAAACUUGGAGCUAAAAUCACGUGUCGAGAUAUGUUCCGCGAGGUUUAUGCCAACUAUAAAUUUGGCUGACACUUUUCUUUAUGAGAGUAUUUAACGUGCCGUCAACCGUGUAUUUGUUUAUCGGUUUUUUUUUUACACAUUUAAUUCUUUGUUCUUUUCUCCGGUACUACGGACAUCGUGUAUGAUUCUCGUGCGAUUCUUUUCCCGCGUGUUACCAACCAAGUAUCUUGUAAUUAUUUUUUAGCCGCCUUUAUUAUAUUGUUAUGUCACGUUCUCUUAAAAAGGUCUAGAUAGCUUUAGAGGUUUCACAACAACAUUCUUUUGAUUCUUUAACCAGUCUUCAAUACAGUACACAGGUAUGAACGUCUUAAUAGUUCUAGUUUACGAUCACGAUACAGUCUACUGACGAUGAGUCUACCUCUAACCUCAUCGACGUUGACGCAUCUGCGUGUAAAUAUAAUAUUAUGAUGUACUACAUCUUGAAACAUUUAUACUGAUGAUGACGUAAUAAAAUAUACAUUUUGAUUGAAA